AUUACGGGACGCGGUUUGUGAGCCCGUUACAGUCGGAGUUGGAGGCAGGGCGAGCGGGAGGCAGUGAGCGCGGUGGAGCAGGGCAAGUCACAAAAGACGUGGACAUAUUUUGGAUACUUUACAAUUUGCAGGGCUGGAGACGUGGAUUACAAAGGAGAAGGUAGGAGUGGUUCAUAGCUAUGGGUACUUCCCCAAGGACAUUCCUGAUCCUGGGAUGUUUCUUCACAGGCCCGCUUCUAGCAUUUUGCCAGCUUCCCCUGCCAACUAUUGUUCCCAGUAGAAACAAAAUGGUCGUACAGCUGAAUUCCAACUUCACACUGAGAUGCUCUGGGGACAGCGAAGUGAGCUGGCAGUACCCGUUGGGCGAGGGAAGCCACAUGAUAGACAUUAGGCAUGAAGAGAACAACAGUGGCCUCUUUGUGACCGUGCUGGAAGUCGGGAAUGCCUCAGCCGCGCACACAGGCUUGUACAUUUGCUACUACAAUCACACCCAGGUGGAGGACGGGGAAGUGGAAGGGAAGGACAUCUACAUCUAUGUGCCUGAUCCAGACAUGCCCUUUGUUCCUUCCAUACCAGAAGAUCAGUUCAUCUUAGCAGAAGAAGGCGAUCCUACCAUUAUUCCCUGUCGUACCAGUGACCCAAAUGCUCAAGUGACUUUAAUUAACAGUUUGGACAAGGAUGUCUUUGCCUUCUAUGAUAGCAAACAAGGCUUCAUUGGGAAUUUUCCUGCAGGCUCAUACACAUGCAAAACAACAGUUCAAGGUGUGGAGUUCAAGUCCGAACCAUUCCUCGUCUAUGUUUUAAGAG